AUGAACGACAAAGUCAAUACAACAAGUGAACAAAACGGCAAUUCCAGCUGUGUUGGUACCUGUACCAAUUUACAUAAUGACGCUCUUCUUUCUCUUGGUCCGAAAAAUCGUUACAGUGAAAUACCAAGCAUUCGACUUUUUCUUGCUAAAUACAAUACAUAUCCAUCUACACUGGACUGUGAUAAUGAUGAUGAGGAUACUCCUUUUCAUGCAACAACUAUUCUAAACUAUAUUCGUGAUGAAUUAAAACACGAUAUUACUAAAGAUUGCGUUUCACGAAGAUAUAAUCGCACUGCAAAACAAAAAUAUGUUCAUUCACGUCUAUCGGAUCUAGGUAAUGGCAUCAUGAUUAGUUUUAAUGGUUCACAUUUGGAUUCAGAAAUUCUCAAUAAGAAUCAAUUAAAAGCUGAUUAUGAUGGAAAAUAUUUUUUAGUUGUAUCUGAUUUAAAAAUUUAUCAUUUACCUGAACAUGAUUCAUUUGCGCAAGAUUUAGCAGAUCGUUUUUCUCAAAUGACUGUCUGUUCAUCUAAAUCAUGUAUGUUACAAAUGGUUUGUCGAAAUCAAUGCGGCUAUUAUCUCGAUGGAAUUCGAGUUAAAAAGCCUUUAAUUACUGAUCUAGCUCUUCAUUAUGGCAAUAAUUUUCUAACAACUCAUGAUAAAAUUCUCAAUGAUUUAAAUAAAAAAGAAUCAAAAGGCAUUGUUCUUUUACAUGGUGUUCCGGGUUCAGGGAAAACACAUUAUAUUCGAUAUUUAAUUCAAGAAGUUCAAGAUAAAACAUUGAUUUAUGUUUCACCUGACAUGGCCAAAGAAAUUUCAUCACCAGAAUUUCUUCCUUUUCUUAUGCGUCAUGAAAAUGCUAUUCUUAUCAUUGAAGAUGCAGAAAAUAUUAUUCAAGAUCGAAGUUCGUCUUCAUUACCAUCACAAGCCGUUGCUAAUCUUCUCAAUUUAUCCGAUGGUUUAUUAGGCGAUGCUAUGCAUCAACAAAUUAUAGCUACGUUUAAUUGUGAUUUAACAGCAGUUGAUCCAGCUCUUUUACGUAAAGGGCGAUUGAUUGCUAAUUAUGAAUUUAACAAAUUAGAUUUGGAAAGUUCAAAAAUUUUAUCAGAUAAAUUAGGUUUCGGUACUGAAAGUGUAACUGAACCAAUGACUCUUGCUGAAAUCUAUAACCAAAGUGACAACAACAAUAAAUCGAUUGCUUAA